CGAUAAGCUGCUUACCACUCGCUUGAUUGGGAGGCAGCAGCAGCCAACGAACCGUUAACGCUUGGACCUCAAGCUCCGAAGGCAGGGUAGUUGUGGCAUGGCUGUGAUGCAGACUUCAUUGCGAAUCUCUGUUGAUCUACCAGCCGUCAUGGACGUGGAAGGCAUUGACCCUUCGACUAGGUACGAGCUUAGCACCCAGAAGCUUCCGACACAGGCAGCUCUCAGUUACGCAGAUCUUGAUGUCGCUUUCGCAGAGAUCGCAAAUCGCAGGGAGGAGUUUAUCAGCCAAGGUGUCCUUAUAGGUGCGACGGGCAAGGUAAGGAUGACGUGGAGUGUCAACGCCUAUAUGCUUUCGCAGAGCCUUUGGGAGAGGAUCAAUGCAUUGAGAUGAUUCGGCAUUGAUACGAUCUUUUUAUCACUGCUCUGCGUUUGUUCGGUGCACUGCCGGCGCCGCCGCUGCUUUUCCGCACUGUACAUAAAGGCGUACUCAACUGCGCGACCAAACAUUUGGCCUCGACCAACGGCAA